UGGAGGGGGAAGAGGGUCGGGAAAGGGCUGGCACUGGGCCCUCGAGUCCACAGCGCCCGAGUUCAAGCUUGCCCGCCUUCUCAGGGGCUUCCAUUCAUUUCGGGCCAAGCCUACUGCUGCCCUCGCCCCCAAACUACUGUGGCUUUGCGCAGGCAGGGCUCGGGGAAGCAGUGCCCCAAGUAAAGAGACCACCUGGAGGCCGUGGAGCCCCAGGAUGCUCCCUUUUGCCUCCUGCCUCCCUGGGUCUUUACUGCUCUGGGCGUUUCUGCUGUUGCUCUUGGGAGCAGCGUCCCCACAGGAUUCUGAGGAGCCGGACAGCUACACGGAAUGCACAGAUGGCUAUGAGUGGGAUGCGGACAGCCAGCACUGCCGGGAUGUCAAUGAGUGCUUGACCAUCCCCGAGGCUUGCAAGGGCGAAAUGAAAUGCAUCAACCACUACGGGGGCUAUCUGUGUUUGCCUCGCUCUGCCGCCGUCAUCAACGAUCUUCAUGGCGAAGGACCUCCACCGCCAGUGCCCCCUGCUCAACACCCAAACCCUUGUCCGCCGGGCUAUGAGCCUGAUGAACAGGAGAGCUGCGUGGAUGUGGACGAGUGUACCCGGGCUUUGCAUGACUGUCGCCCUAGCCAGGACUGCCAUAACCUUCCUGGCUCCUACCAGUGCACCUGCCCUGAUGGUUACCGAAAAAUCGGGCCCGAAUGUGUGGACAUAGACGAGUGUCGCUACCGCUAUUGCCAGCACCGAUGUGUGAACCUGCCAGGUUCUUUCCGAUGCCAGUGUGAGCCAGGCUUCCAGUUGGGACCUAACAACCGCUCUUGUGUGGAUGUGAACGAGUGUGACAUGGGAGCCCCAUGUGAGCAGCGCUGCUUCAACUCCUAUGGGACCUUCCUGUGUCGCUGUCACCAGGGCUACGAGCUGCACAGGGAUGGCUUCUCCUGCAGCGAUAUCGAUGAGUGCAGCUACUCCAGUUACCUCUGCCAGUACCGCUGUGUCAAUGAGCCGGGCCGCUUCUCCUGUCACUGCCCACAAGGCUACCAACUGCUGGCUACAAGGCUCUGCCAAGAUAUUGACGAGUGUGAAACAGGUGCAUACCAGUGUUCUGAGGCCCAAACCUGUGUCAACUUCCAUGGGGGUUACCGCUGUGUGGACACCAACCGUUGUGUGGAGCCCUAUGUCCAAGUGUCAGACAACCGCUGCCUCUGUCCUGCCUCCAACCCCCUUUGUCGAGAGCAGCCUUCAUCCAUUGUGCACCGGUACAUGAGCAUCACCUCAGAGCGAAGUGUGCCUGCUGACGUGUUUCAGAUACAGGCAACCUCUGUCUACCCUGGCGCCUACAAUGCCUUUCAGAUCCGUGCUGGAAACGCGCAGGGGCACUUCUACAUUAGGCAAAUCAACAAUGUCAGCGCCAUGCUGGUCCUUGCCAGACCAGUGACAGGACCCCGGGAGUACGUGCUGGACCUGGAGAUGGUCACCAUGAACUCCCUUAUGAGCUACCGGGCCAGCUCUGUGCUGAGACUCACCGUCUUUGUGGGAGCCUUUACCUUCUGAAGAAGACCCUCAGGGAAGGGUCAUGUGGGGGCCCCCCUUCCCCACUCCCAUAGCUUAAGAAGCCCCAGGGGGCUUAGGGAUGACUGUUCUGCUUAAAGGGACUAUGAUGUGAAGGACAAUAAAGGGAGAAAGAAGGA